GCGCAUUAUCGGACCUUGGAGCAACCUCGUCGUGGACAGUGCUCUUUGGUGGACAAGUGAGCUGCUGUUUCAAAGUGCUUUACGCCCGAUUGAUAUCGAGCCGUGCAUGCAGCGCUGAGUUGUGAGGAUGGAAGGCGGAGGGACUUCAAGGCAGGGACCAGAGGGCAAGGGGAAAGGCAAGGGUGCGGCAGCUGGCCCGGCGCCCUCCCCGGACCAUGACGCUGGCAAAGGGGCAGAGCCACAGCCAUUGCUGCCUCGCAUGGCGCAGUCAGCCGCAUCCUUCCUGAUGACAGGACCGCCGGGCACCGGGUUCAGCAGCGAGAGCGAAAAGGGGGAAUCGUCCCGCACGGGCAGGGCUCUGGAAAGGGCAGGCGAGAGUUCAGUCCGGCUGCAGCCCAGUGCGCCAAGCGGCGAGACCAUUAAAACGCGGCAUGCACAGCAGCACAUCGCCCAGGAGGAGGCGUCGUUCUCCGCGUUCCUGGACAGCGGAGAUGUGCCAGUUCUCACAGGAGCAGGCGACUUGGAAGACGCCUGGCGGUCGGCCGUUCCUGAUUCUGCGAUGUCGACGACCACCAUGGCAGCAGGAUCGCCAUUUCGAUCAGUCGCAGAGCAGGAGGCGAGGGACGGUGCCGACGUCGUGGCCUUGCUGUCCGACGGCGGGCUCGAUCACGUUUACACGCACAGCAGCGAGCCUAUAUCACGAGCUGAUCUGGCGAGGCUGCGCGAGGCGCUAUUCGGCAAAGACACGGACCACGAGAGCUCGCUCGUGUGGGACAGCGUGCUGAACUUCAUUCCGGAGUAUCUCGAAUUCCACGCAGGCCAGGGCGUCGGGCCCGGCGACGACCUCGCCAUGCACUUUGGUACUGUGGACGCCGACGAAGCCCGUCAGACCUGGAUUAGCCAGUGGUCGCGGCUACUGACGAGCUACCAAGACGAGGUCUGGGGCGACCUCGGUGGUCUUGUUGAGGAAGCUCGAACCGAAGUCAAGCGGAUGGAGGAGGCGAGGCCGGACGAGAAGCCCCAGGAGCCGAAGGCGCUGCUGCGCCUUCGAGCCAUCCUUGGUCACCUUCGAAGCGUGAGCUAGGACAACUCAUGGCUCUUUCGAACAACGCUGCGCGUCUUGCGCCCUUGGUCGCCACCACUGCAGCCCAUGCAUGCUCUGUCACGUGCUGGCGUGUCCAGACGCUCCAAGGUGCCCCGCCACGUGUUGAGCCUUGUCUUCGAAGGUUGCAUUUUCAACCCCGCCGGUGCCC